UCUCACUGAAUCCAUGCAAUGUCCGACGAUACCGUUAAGCCAGGGGCACCGACCGCGAAGGCUGUAGACGAAAAGUCCGACAGGGUGACGUCGCAGGAACUGGGUGUUCCAGGAACUGUUGUAUUGGCGGCGAAGCAGCUUGAUCAUGUUAUUCUGCGAUUGAACAAAUUGCUUGCCAGCCCCGGCGGCCUCUCCUCUUUCCUCUCGACAUUGAAUUAUGGACUUUACGUUCUCGCAUAUCUCCAAACGCAGUCUCCAUCCACGACGAAGCUCGCCCGCACACUUCUCUCCCUCGUAAACAGCAGACAACACCCCGCGAAACCAGGCACAACCACACUCGCCACUCCCGAUGGCGCCGUCCCGCCGAUCACCGCACUCGCCCAGCUUGUCUCCCGCGCUCGCACAACGCUCCGACUCUUCGGACUCUUCCCCCUAUAUGCAUGGCUGAGGACAUUACUAGCCGACCGAAAAGCAGACACAGAUCCAGUGUUACAUCGCAUUGCCCUACUACAAUGCCUAUCAUACAUCGCCUACCAAGCCCUAGAAAACAUCUCCGUCCUCGCUGACAAUGGCAUCCUCUCUAAAAACUUCGUCGCGCUCAUCAAUCGCGGCGACCCCACCACUGCCCGCAUCUACCGGCUCGGCUACACCGCCUGGCUUGGCGGCAUAUCCUGCGACUUCCUCCGCCUCGCGCGAGAAGCGCAAUUGGAGAGUCGGCGGAGGGUGGUGCGUAAACGGAUGCAGGAAGAGGGGAAGGCGGUGGCAGAGGGUCAGGAGGAAUUGGAUAUGCGGACUGAUGCGAAGUGGUGGACGGAUUUGAUGAUUUGUUCGGCGUGGUUCCCGAUAGCGUGGCAGUUUAGUAGUACCAAGGGUAUUCCGGGGUGGAAUUCGGGUUGGAUGGGGUUGUGUGGGUUGGUGGCAGGGAGUUCGAGGGUGCAGGCGCUUUGGGGCGCCACGUUGCAUCCAUAGGAUGUGGAAUGCCGGGGUUGGAUAUGGGGAUGGGGGGAUUUGGAUGAAAAUUGGGCCAUGGAGAAGACCUGGAGAUCUGGGUUUUGAGCACUUGCACAGAGAUAC